AUGUUAUGCUCAGUAAAUAAGAAUAGACUACAAAUAAUGUUGAGAUCUAAAAAAGCAAAGGCCACCAAACAUCUUUUUCUUUUCCAAAUAAAAAGAAUUCAAAUUUAGCAUAAAUUUAAGAUGUAGAAUCUAAGCAGAUAGAUAAUAUAAACAAUAUUGUAUAAUAAAUACCUGAGAGCAAUACAGUAGAAGAUAAAAUAAAAACUGUCAACUAAGAGUAAUAAAUAUCAAAUAAAUAAAUUCAAGUCAAUAAAAAUCGUUUUCAUCAUGGAUUGUCGUAAACUUUAUCUAGGUAGCAAUCUCGAGCAAAAUAAAAUAGCAAUUCAAUAUAGAAAAUAACCCUUAAAAAUUUGUUAGAAUCUAAUAAAGGCUAGCUGUUAAAUCUGA